CAGAACCUCGUUUAAUAUUUUACUGUUGGUUCUUUCACAGUGAAAAACACUUUAUUUUAUACUGUGGGAGUUCUGAUCUCUACUGUCUGUCUGAUCAACUCAGACCUCCGCCAGAGUUCACGUCUGUUGUUCACGUCUGUUGUUCACGUCGUUACUACAACACAGUCAGUGGCGGAAUUUGAAAAAUCUUUACAUUUAUGUUUCACCGCGACUGACUGACAUCAUCGUGACGUGAUGUCUGCACUGUCUCUUUAAAAGAGGUCACCUGGGGGGCGGGGGGGGGUCACAGGUGUCGGUGAUUGUGUCCUCAUGUUUACCUGAACAUCCAACCGUUUGUCUUUUCUAACAGAACCCGCGGCGGUUCUCCUGCUCAGAGCCCGUCCAGCCUCUCUCUACAUCGGACCUAGGAGAUCUCUGCUCCGGCUCUCACGCCAACGCAACCGCCAGUGACGUAUGAGUCACGUGUCCAGUUCUUCCCUCCGUACGUCUGUCGUAUCUUCCUCCCUGUGCUGCUGCUGUGUGAAAGCCUGGGCUUCGACCGUCACGGCACAAAAACAAGCGCCGAGAGCAGCGGUAAAACCGCGGUGUGAUCGCUCCUCUUCCAGUCUACGGUUCUAACCCAGCAGCGGACAGACGGGGGGGGGGGGGGGGGCACACCUACCAGUUCCCAUCAAGCCCCCACCUCCGACAGGUCUGAGCUGGAGCAGCAGUUGGAAACUUUCCGCUGAGGUUAUUGAAGACUGUCUCCAUCUAUGGACAACCUCCCCCCCUGUCACCCUGACUCUUCGCCCGCUCUGUAGUCCGCUCUCCUUCACCCUCCCUCCCCCCCGCACCAUGGCCAGUAAGAGGAAGUCCAGCGUUCCCUGCAUGAUACCAAGUAAAGUCCUGUGUUCUUCGGAGGAACACGGAACAGACUCUGACACCCCCCCCCAGCCCGCGGUUUCUGGGAGGGGCCCCCGCAGCCCCGUAGACCCUGGGGAGUCUUCCAGACCAGAGGGUGCGGACGGUGCUGGCACCUACACCUGCCGGCUGUGCAACUUUGAAACCCAGGACCUGAACCUGUUCUUGGACCACGUCUACAGCGGACACCCGGACUUCUGUUCCGACCCCCGCUUCUCCUGUGUCGGCUGCGGGGUGUCCGUGCUCAAGUUCGAGGGUCUGGCGCUGCACAACGCCAGGGUCCACCCGAGCACGUGUGACACAGCGCUACAGCUGAAGAAAAAGGACGGGAGAGCCGUGGUGGAACAGAACCUGGUCACCAGGGCGGCGCCGUCGAGGGGCUCUGAGAUCAGCAUCAGUAAAACUCCCAUCAUGAGGAUGAUGAAGGUGAAAUCAGAAGCCAAGAGAAUAGCAGUGGCUCAGCAGGUCUCCAAAGAGUCCUCCUCAGAUCCUGGUCCCGUCUCUCCGUCCCCCAGAGACCCUGAGAAAAAAGAGAGCGGUGCUCUAACAGUGGUCCAUGUUCCCGGCGUGGUCCAAAACGGCAGCUGUAGGGUCACUCGGCCUUCUGCCAUUCAGAUCGUCAACGGCUGUGGCUCCUUACCAGAACUGAAGAGUCCGGUCUCCAGAGUGGUGUCGCUGGUCCACAACAAGAGUCUGACCCGAGCUGUGACCUCUGACCACCUGCCCAAAGUGAUGAUCCCUCUGAACAGCAUCCCUACCUACAGCGCCUCCAUGGACUGCUCCUCCUUUCUGAAAACCUCUUUUAACAAGUUCCCGUACCCCACCAAGGCGGAGCUCUGCUACCUCACUGUGGUCACCAGGUUCCCUGAAGAGCAGAUCAAGAUAUGGUUCACGGCCCAGAGACUCAAACAGGGCAUCAGCUGGUCUCCUGAGGAGAUCGAGGAGGCCAGGAGAAAAAUGUUCAACACCAUCAUCCAGACGGCACCGGCCGCCCCCCAGAACCAGGCCCACAGCCACCACGGCCCAGCCCAGCACACCAUCACCGUCCUGCCCGCCUCCCUGGGGGCCGCGGGAAUCCCUCACGUCCUGCAGGGGUCCUUUGUCAGUCAGGGGGGGGUGAUCGUCACGCAGCCCGUGGUGGCCAAUGGUAUCCAGGUCAACAGCGCCCCCUUGGCUCUGGCCGUCACGCCUAAACCACAGGCCGCGUCUCGUCCCAUGAUGCAGGCGCGACCCGCUGCGGCGCUGGUGGCGGACAAAGGUGUCAGGAUGGUGGUGGGGGCGGGGGGCAGCAGCAGCAAGAGUAAUGACAACCGGGGUGGGGCGGGGGCCACAGCUAGUGUCGUGAGCCUUAAUGCUGGAAACGGUAAAGAGGCGGGUGUCAGUGCUCAUGUCAGUACAGCAGGGGUCACUGUUUGCAGGGAUCAGGUCAAGACUACUGACAGCAGCCAUGACAAUGACAGCGACUGUAGUUUAAACACUGACUGUAAACACUCCGACUCUGAGGACAACAACAACAACAGCACGGACACUGCUGCCCCCCCCGCCACUGAGCCCCUCUGCCUGAAACCAGAAGAGGCAGUGUCCCCCAGCUCCAAACCCCCCUCCCCCUCCGCUCCCCCCAGCAGAACCACAGUGAGCUCCUUCCUGGACCCCGGCUUCUUCAAGAGUAAGAAGUCUCAGGAGCAGCUGAACGUCCUGAAGGACAGCUUUCAGGUCAGCCAGUUCCCCGACCAGGACCAAGUGGACCGCCUCUCAUCGCUGACUGGGCUCCCAGUGAGGGACGUUCGCAAGUGGUUCAGCGAUCGACGCUAUCACUUUCGCCAUCAGAAAGGGCUUCGUGGGAGUGCGGAGUCACCAAGUACUAAAGCUGGUACUGGUCCCAGUUCACCUGUCGACCCGUUAGAAAGCAGCAGCAGCAGCAGCAGCAGGAACUCGGCAGGUGGUAAACAGUCCCGACACAGCUCUGCAGCUCUUAGUCCCCCCACGCCACAGACUCCGCCCUCACCGACCCCCCCCCGCCGUCAGCCCAGACUACCUCCUCUGGACUUCACGGCUGUCCGCUACAAAGAGAGAGAACCCCACCAGGUGAAGGCGCUGGAGUUCAGUUUUUCCCAGAACCCUGAUCCAUCCAGAGAAGAAGUGGACCGACUGAGAACUGAGACCAAGAUGACCAGGAGGGAGAUCCACGGCUGGUUCUCUGACCGGAGGAAGAAGGUGGAGAAGCAGCAGCAGCAGCAGGAGAAGGAGGAGUACGAGAAAGGGGAGGAGCAGGAGGAGGACAGUUUGGGACAGCUGAAAGUCAACCCUAUAAAAAUCAACCUGAAGAUGCUGAAGGUCACAAAGUCAGGUGGAAAGGUCAAGGCGGGGUCGUUGGAGAGCGCGGCUCAGCCUCAGCGGCCCAACAGCCCCAAAGCAUCUGCCUCGGGCAACCAGAAACAAGCUCCGCCCACCAUCCCUACGUCUCACACCUCCGGUUCUCCGAAAGCAACAAGCGUCAGAGGUAAGAAGACGGCUGAGCAGCUUCACCUGCUCAAACAAAUCUACGCCCGAACCCAGUGGCCCAGCGCCGCCCAGUACGAUCAGCUGAUCUCAUCGACGGGCCUCUCCAGACCUGAGGUGGUGCGAUGGUUCGGCGACUGUCGCUACGUGCAGAAGAACGGCCAGCUGAAGUGGCUGGGGGAGUAUCAGAGCUGGGCCCUGGGUGAGGAUCUGCCCCCAGAGAAGGAACAAAUUCUGCACACUCACCUCCAGAACCACGGCCGGCCGGACGACACUCAGUUACAGGAUCUGGUCCGGUCCAGCGGCUUAUCAGCAGAACUGGUCCAACAUUGGUUCACGACCAAAGCAGCGCUGCUGCUGAGAGACACUAGUGGUGCAACAGCAGAACCAUCGGUACCGACAGAACCCUCCUCUACUCCACCUUGCUCAGGAGGGGGCAGCACAGAGAAGGUGGAGUCUGACUGUGGCACAGCGGCCGAGUCCACUGAAGCUGAGGCUGAAACUCACACACUGACCGUCUGUUCUGGUGCUGACCCGGCUCAAAGGGACGGGCGUGACCCCCACCCUGCUCCUGUUUAACCAGCCUCAUUCUAAACAGCGUCUGUCAACAUUGUCCAGCCCACCACUGCGCCCCCUACAGGAACUGACAGGAGGUGAGGAGGAGGAGAACAACAGUUGAAAAACUGAACAAAGAAGCAACAAAGUCAUGUGACCCACUGUUGGUGAAGACCAGUGAAGACCAGGUGUCCCCCCCCCCCCCACCUUGUUUUUAUGCAGUUUUCUUAUGGAAAUUCAACUGUAAAUAAAACAAACUUUGAUCAAAGUUCACAGUUCACUCUGAUGUAGGAUUUUUACAGUCAGUAUUUACACAAUAAAUGAGAACGCAAUAAAUGUC